AUGAGACGGCGCUUGGAGGACUCGUUCAUCCUCUUGGCUUCGGCAGCUCUCCUGUCUUCCGUCACUGCAAAAAAAAAGGGGUUCGGUAAGACCCGCAACAGAAAAGAAGAAGCAACUUUUAUAACACCAAGUAUACUCACUCUCGGCAGGAUCGACCAGCUGGGCUCGGAUCAGAUUGGUGGUGAAGAGGAACUGCGGAUAUACCCUCUCCUCGGCAGGGACUUUCCUCUUCACCCUCUCCACUUGCUGAAUCUCGGCCUGAGUUGCAAUCGGCUGCUUCAGCUUACCUACAAAAAGAAGAGCAAAGAGGGGUUACUCACGGUAAAACGUAUAGCUGAGGUAAGGUACCGAACGGCACGUGGUCCUACCGGCCAUUUGGAAGGUUGUGGGAAUGCGAAAUCGGACGGGCUGUCCCGAAGGCGACUCCCAGUCGCCCGAGAGGAGCACCCGCCGAUUCCUCCACGACUUCUGUGA